UCAAGCUUCUUCACUCAGUUCCAUCAAAAACACACACACACACACACUCUUUCUCUUAUCAAUUCCCUUUCCAAAUCUCUCAAUCAUGUCUUGCUGUAAUGGAAAGUGCGGUUGUGGAUCAAGCUGCUCAUGCGGCAGCAGCUGCAACGGAUGUGGAAUGUACCCUGACAUUGAGCAGACGACCACCACCGCCGUGAUCGUUGACGGUGUUGCCCCAAAACAGAUGUAUGGUGAGGGAAGUGAGAGCAGCAGCUUUGUUGCAGAAGGUGGACAUGGUUGCAAGUGUGGAGACAACUGCAAAUGCAAUCCUUGUAACUGUUGAGGAGGAGAUGAAAUCAAAAUCCAAACAAGAAGCUGAGUUUGAAUUAUGUCUAAUUAUGUUUGUGUGUUAAAUAAGAUCAAAGGAAGCAGUUGCCGUUGGUUUAAUUUCUCCGAUCGACUUCAAUUUCUGAUAUGGAGUUGAAAUGGGGUUAAACCCAUGGCUUCUUGGUUGCUUUAUGUGUUUCAAGAAGGUUGUUAUGGUUAUGAAUACUAGUAUGGGAACCGUAUGUUGUUUAGUAGCC